CCUUUUGCUCGCAGCGUUGAGACUCCGCCUGCGUCUCAAAGAGAAAAAACCAUUCCAUCUCUAUUUCGGGCUGCAACUGGGCCUCUCCGGCCUCUCCAAGCUCCACCUGAACCCGAUCCUUCUGCUCCCGCGUUGACUCCUUCCCCCCUCCCAACCGAGGGAGGAUUGAGCUCUCUCGGCGGCCAGCGGCGAUUCCCAACAAGGCGCCGCCACCUUUCUUUUUCCAUUUUUCUGCAAGCACGACAUUUACCCAGCAACCGCUGCUGGAAUCGGCACUCAGUUUUCCGAUUGGUGGAAUAUUGCUCGUUCGGCCAAUUACUGCUUUCGUUUUGGAUUCCAGACUGGGGCGCCUUUCCUCCGCUUCGCAGUAAGGGCUUCGUAUGCGACGAGAACGACGCGAGGUUUGGGGGCUUUCCCGAGCCGAUGGGGCUGCUUCAAUGGCCCGUUUUGCUCCUGCUGGGGCCUGCUGCCUUCCUGCUGGGGGACUGUUCUGGCACUUCCUCCCACUCCUUUCUUGUAUUCUUAACGGCUGUAUCAGAGCCUGGCCAUGGACUUCCUCAGUUCACUGCUGUGGGGUAUGUGGAUGACCAGCCCAUUGGUCGCUAUGACAGCAACACAAAAAAAGUGCUGCCAUCAGUCUCUUGGAUGAAGGAGAUGGAGAAGGAGAGAGCCGAUUAUGGGAAGCGACAGACCAAGAUCUUGCGAAAAGAAGAGCCAGAGUACAGAGUGAACUUGGUAAUUCUGCAGAAUCGCUUCAACCAGACUAGAGGGUUUCACUCCUGGCAGUGCAUGUACGGCUGUGAAGUGGGCCCAGAGGGGCGCAAAGGAGGGUAUCUCCAGCACAGCUACGACGGGAGGGACUUCAUCAGCUUCGACAAGGAGACCCUCAGCUGGACGGCGGCCCAGCCGGAGGCCCAAGUGACCAAGAGGAAGUGGGAGAGACACAGGGUUCACGCCCAGCGCUGGAAGGCCUCCCUGGAGGAGGAAUGCAUUGAGUGGUUGGAGGGUUACCUGCACUACGGGAAGGAGGUUCUGCAGAGGACAGAGCCACCAGUGGUGAAGGUGACGCGCCAGGUGUACUCAGAUGGCAUGGAGACCCUCAUCUGCCGAGCCCACGGCUUCUACCCCAAGGAGAUCGAUGCUAACUGGAGGAAGGACGGGGAGGUCUGGGAGGAGGAUACUUUCCGUGGCCUCGUCGCCCCCAACUCAGACGGGACUUACCAUGCCUUGCUUGGCAUCCAGAUCAACCCAAAGGACAGGGACCUUUAUCAGUGUCAUGUGGAGCAUGACGGCCUAAAGGAGCCUCUGGAUGUGGCCUGGGAGGAGCCUGCCUCCAACAUAGCACCCAUUAUUGGGUGUGUUCUGGGGGCCAUCCUGCUGGGAGCAGCUGCAAUUGCUGGGAUCAUGUUGUACAGAAAAUGGCAGUCAGGAUACAAAGAAGUGCCAACAAGUGGCCAAGGGUCUGACAACCAAGGGUCUGACAACUCCAGCAAGGGGAGCAUCCAGACCGUCUAGGAGCCCCAAAGCAGUAUGACCAACAAUGUCAGCACAACGCAGACAGCAGGGCUCCCAGUGCGAGAGGCGAGAGAGGAAGUAUGGAUCCAUCCAUAUUCUGAAACCUUCAGGAAUUUCUUCUAUCUGUCCAGCUUGAUUGGAACCAGCAUGUACUGUGGAUCAUUUCUGAUUUCAAGAGAGCUUGGCUUGAUGUAAUUUGCUUUUUAGCAGGACUGCUGCCCCCUAGGGCACAUUUGCACCUGAAGAAAUAAUUGUAGGACUUUCACCUGAUGAAAGAAAUCUUAAAUCAAUGUUGAUAUUCUGAGUUUAGAUCAGUUAAUUGAUCAACUGCAUAGAGCUCUGUAAGAGAGAGCUCUUAAGAAGACAAAGACUAUAUAUACUUGAGGGGGUGUUUGGAGUUUUUUGUAACUACUUCUAGUAAAAUAGUUAAUAUUAAAUAUCGGUAUAUAAUUUAUAGCAAAGAAUAAAAUACAU